AUGACGACCAACUCCCGGUCUUUCCACUGCAGUUUAUAUAGGAAGUUCCUAUCUCUAGACCUGUUUGCCACCGACACGAAUCACAUGGAAGACGAGUCUUCGCUCGAAACCGUAUGCUUGAAGCCUGAGAGACCGACUUUCUUCAUCGACCUCCGCGGACAAACUUUUGGCGGCGACAGUAUGUGCAAUAAGGAAGUCGAACAGCUGAUGAAGACCAAAGGGGAGUGCGAACAGCUGUUGCUUGAUUUCACAACGCGGACGAUCAACCCGGUUGCCAGACAGCUUCUGUAUAGAAGCGAUAACAAGGAAAGUGAACAAGGUUGUAAUGAGGCGCUGUUACCUGGCGGCGAGGUAGGACAGUGUUUUUCGGAAAAGAACGAUGGAAAAAUGGUAACGAUUUCCCCUCCCCACGGUGAUGCAAUUAAGCAACGUCUAGCGAAUUACAAGCUGCUUACUGAAAGGACUUGCUGCUAA